GGCGGCGGCGGCGGCGGCGGCAAUCCGGGCCGCCCACGCAGCAGCUGCAGCGGGGAGUCCGCGGGGCCCGAGCGCUCGGGCCGCGAGUCGCCGUCCUCAUCGUCGCGCCCGCGGUGCCGCCCGCUGAGCAGCGCGAGCGGGGACUCGUCCGGCCUGGAGCAGCGGCGGGAGCCCUCCUCGUCGUCGCCCGAGGUCCUCGAGCCCUCCUGGGCGACGGACGGCGGCGGCGGCGGCGACGACGACGACGACGACGACCCGGCCGCCGCCGCGGACGCCUCCGUCACGGCCCUCGCCAGCUUCGGCGAAGACGCGCGCAUGCAGUUCGCCAACAGCCGCCUGCACCUCGACGAGGAGGACGAAGAGGAGGAGGAGGAGGAUGAAGAGGAGGAGCCGGAAGAACUGAAAGAGGAGUGUCACUACGACGCGGGUGCGGCGGCGGCGGCGGCGGCGGCCGCGGCAGGCUCCGCGCCGCGCUCGGCCUCAAGCUGCACGGCCGGCGGCAGUCCGGACGGGGCCCGGGCGGCACCGCUGCCACUCCCGGAGGCCAUGGAGAGGGAGUUCGCGGCCGGGAUGCACAUGCAGCGGAACCGCACCUCGGGGGGCUUCCUGGAGGGCCUCUUCGGGUGCCUGAGGCCCGUGUGGAGCAUGCUGGGACGGGCGUACACCACCGAGUACAAGGUGCAGCAGGCAGACACGUGGGAGGUUCCCUUCGAGGAGAUCUCGGAGCUGCAGUGGCUGGGCAGCGGCGCGCAGGGCGCCGUCUUCCUCGGCAAGUUCCACGGGGAGGACGUGGCCAUCAAGAAGGUGCGCGAGCAGAAAGAGACUGACAUCAAGCACCUGCGCAAGCUCAAGCACCCCACCAUCAUCGCCUUCAAGGGGGUGUGCACCCAGGCUCCCUGCUACUGCAUCAUCAUGGAGUACUGCGCACAGGGCCAGCUGUAUGAAGUGCUCCGCGCUGGGCGUAAGAUCACCCCGGAGCUUCUGUACCGGUGGACCACGGGGAUCGCGAGCGGCAUGAACUACCUGCACCUGCACAAGAUCAUUCACCGGGACCUUAAGUCACCCAACGUGCUCAUUACACACGACGACCUGGUGAAGAUCUCGGACUUUGGGACGUCCAAAGAGCUGAUGGACAAAAGCACCAAGAUGUCGUUUGCGGGAACUGUGGCCUGGAUGGCUCCGGAGGUGAUCCGCAAUGAGCCUGUCUCUGAAAAGGUGGACAUCUGGUCUUUCGGCGUGGUUCUGUGGGAGUUGCUCACAGGGGAGAUCCCGUACAGAGACGUCGACUCUUCGGCCAUCAUUUGGGGCGUGGGCAGCAACAGCCUGCACCUGCCUGUGCCCACAUCCUGCCCCGAUGGCUUCAAGAUCCUCCUCACCCAAUGCUGGACAGGCAAGCCCAGAAACCGUCCCUCGUUCCGGCAGAUCUUGCUGCACCUGGACAUUGCGUCAGCUGACCUGCUGUCCACCCCACAGGAGACCUACUUUCAGUCCCAGGUGGAGUGGCGCGAGGAGGUGAAGAACCACUUUGAGAAGAUCCGGAGUGAGGGGGCGUGCAUCCACAGGCUGGACGAAGAGCUCAUCAAGCGGAGGCGAGAAGAGCUCAGGCACGCUCUGGACGUGCGUGACCACUACGAACGCAAGCUGGAGCGAGCCAACAACCUCUACAUGGAGCUGAGUACCAUCAUGCUGCAGCUGGAGGUGCGGGAGAAAGAUCUUGUCAGACGAGAGCAGGUCCUGGAUAAGAAGUACCCGGGUCUCUACAAGCGCCACGGGGACCGGCCCGCCCUCCGCCCCAACGCUGUGGAGCGCCUCAUCAAGAAGAGGUCAACCACCGGCAAGGGUCCCCAGCACACCCGCAGGCCAGAUCUGCUGCGAGCCGAGGUGAUCUCCCGCAGUCUGGACUCGGUGCCCGUCCACCUGCCCUCCAGCCGUGGCAAGUCCCAGCCGCGCGGAAAACCUCGGCCCAAGCGCGCCUACGGUCGCAGCUGGCACGCCGACUUUGCCAGCAGCCCGAAGACGAGUCCCAUCCGCGAAGACGAUUACGACGACGAUGACGACGACGACGACGACGACGACGACCGGAACGCGGACAGCCGCAUUGCUCCCUGUUCUGGGGAGGAGACCUCCGACACGCGCCGUGCCGCGCUGCGCUACUUCGGCUCGGGCGCGGCGCUCCGGAGCCCCGCGUCGCUGAGGCUGCCCGGCCGGCUGGUGGGCUCCAGCCCCGACCUCAUCUGCUCCGUGUUGGAGUCGGAGGCGCGGCGAGACGCGGCCGCGGGCGAUGGCACCGUGGGACGGGCGGCGGCGGGCGCCUGUCAUUCCUGCGAGGCGCUCAAGAAGAGCAGGAGCCUGGAGGGGCGGCUGGACGGAUACUGCGAUGGGAACGAGACGGCGAAUGUUGCGGCGCGCUCGCCUGAGCGUGCCGCCACCGCCGCCGCCGCCGCCACCGCCGCCUCCGCUGCUGCUGCUGCAUCGCAGGAGGCGGUGGACUUGAGCCCCGUGAUCAUCGCUAAGAGGGGCCAGAGUCCACGGAGUCCGCGGAGGCUCCCGGCUGACCGGCACAGCCCGCUCGUGCUCGCUCGCAAGUCCUGCACCAGUGGCCGGAAAGAGCGCAGAUUGGGUGCGCUGGACUCUUCGGAGGAGGAGGGAGAGGUGGACAGUGAAGUGGACUUCCCACGCAGGCAGAGGCCGGCGCGCUGCGUGAGCAGCUGCCAGUCGUAUUCCACCAUCAGCUCCGAGAACCCCUCGGCGUCGGACGGCGAGGAGGGAAACACGAGCGACCGCUCGCCCGGCACCACCACGGACUCGCGCGCCGGACCCACGCCGGCCCAGCACAACCAGCGCCGCCGCGGCGGUGGCGCCGGCCUGGGCUCGGGCUCGGGGUCCGGGUCCGGGUCCGGCUCGUCCCGGAAGGGCCGCGUCUCCCCCGAGGCGCCGCCGGGUCGCCGCACCCCCGACCUCUCCCUGGACGCCCUCUCGACCGCGUCGGACGGCCUCUCGGAGAAGGAGCGCGUCGUGCGGCGCGUCAAAACGCAGAUCUCGCUCGGGCAGACGGCCGCAGCCGCGCAGGACCACUUUGCGGAGAAUACGAUGCAGUUUGAAUUCUCCGAUGGAGAGGGAUGCCCCGAAUCUGCCACUGCGAAGGGGUCUGGGUCUUCUGCAACUUGGUGAAGCCUCCCCUGAGCCGGGCAGCCUACGAGACCAUCGAUUACUGCUGCCUGUGGCUGCACGGACCGACUGCUGUCAUCAAUAACAUUCACGAAUGCACCUGGAUAACAACUGGAGAUUGUUAUCCAUGCAAGGAACGGCAAGCAAAAGGAGACGUUUUCGGUUUAUCACGGGCACGUGUCCAAUGGGGAUGCCAUCGUAUAGAGUAUGGCUGACCACACCGCACCGCUUAAAUGCCGUGCAUUACUCUGUCGCUUCAAACCCCACGAUGCCCUCGGCAUUGGCCAAGCUGGUACACGUUUCGCACUGCAUUUCACAUCAUGACGGUUGCCAAGCGUCAGUCAUGCCCCCCCCCCCCUGCCGCUAUUUAAUGUGUCACGCUCGCUAUGUAUAGCCAAAACGAUGGGCAUUUUGUCGUGAAGGGGUUUUUGCAGGGAUCGUAUAGAAAACACACACGCAGGGCAUUGAUGGGAAGGGUGAAACACAUUGCGUGUUGUCCCCGAAUUGCGUUUAUUGGAAAACGGAGCUGAUUGUUUGCCAGAGUUAUAAAAGUGAUGCUCGAUUGUAAUCUGUUAAGGGGAAAGCAGAUGAAUGUAUCGUAGGUUUGCUCCCUCCGCCGGAUGAAUCAGUCGCGUAUAUGCCCUCAUCGUGCGAAUGCGAUGCAGUAUUGAACCCUGGCUCUGUGUGCGAAAUGAGGUGGCCAAUGCUGCUGUCCGGGAUACAACGAGAGCUCUUGUGCAGCUGCUGUACAAACGGGCGUUGGAGUGGAGGACGUGAGAACUAUUCGAUGAAAAGAGGAAAAUUUCGAUUUAAAGCUUUCGUGACUGCAAUGAUUCAUCUUCUUUGGUUCUUUCGGUAAAGUCACGUAGAAUGAGAAUAAAAUAAUAAAUUGAUAAAAUAAAAUAACACAAUAAUAU